CCACCACAAGCCCCCAGACUCCCACUCCCUCUAUAUAAACAAGACACAAUCACUUCAUUCUGCCCUGUACCAGUUCUCAUUUACAAUUUAAACAUAGAUGGCCACUUUCAAGUUCAUAAUCUUUCUGUUAUUACAGUUGCUCUUGCAAUUUCAUCCUGGUAAAAGCGAUCUCCAGUUGAACUACUACUCGGAGAGUUGCCCCAGAGCAGAAGCGAUAAUCAAGGAACAAGUCACCAAGUUAUACCAAAAGCAUGGCAACACGGCUGUCUCCUGGAUCAGAAAUCUCUUCCAUGACUGCAUUGUUAAGUCAUGCGAUGCAUCACUGUUGUUGGAAACGGUGAACGGCGUUGAAUCGGAGAAGACGUCGUCGAGGAGUUUCGGGAUGCGGAAUUUCAAGUACAUAAACACAAUCAAAGAUGCCCUUGAGAAGGAAUGCCCCAUGACCGUUUCUUGUGCUGAUAUUGUUUCUCUAUCAGCAAGAGAUGGUGCUGUCCUGUUGGGAGGUCCUUACAUCGAAAUGAAGACCGGUCGGAGGGACAGCAAGGAAAGUCAUGCAGCAUUAGUUGACAGCUCCAUCCCCAACCACAACGACACCAUCUCAUCAGUUCUCUCGACAUUCCAAUCAAUUGGUAUUGAUACCGAAGGAACAGUUGCCCUGUUAGGUGCACACUCGGUGGGACGAGUUCACUGCAUCAACAUAGUCCACAGGCUCUACCCGACUGUUGAUCCAACGUUGGACCCUGACUAUGCCGGGUACCUCAAGGGCCGGUGCCCAUCACCGUAUCCCGACCCAAACGCAGUCGAAUACGCAAGAAACGACCGUGAAACGCCGAUGGUGCUAGACAACAUGUACUACAAGAACAUUCUGAGCCACAAGGGACUACUGUUGGUUGAUCAACAGCUGGUUUCUGAUCCUAGUACAUAUCCAUUUGUGGAGAAGAUGGCUGCCGACAACGGAUACUUCCAUGACCAUUUCUCGAGGGCUCUUCUCACUUUGUCUGAAAACAAUCCGUUAACUGGGGAUGAAGGCGAGAUCAGAAAGGAUUGUCGAUAUGUAAACGCUAACUGACCACAACUCAAGUGGAAUUUGGACUCUAAAAGAAAGGGCCGUUUAAAAUCUUUUUUAUUUUUCUUGGAAGUUACUGAAAUUGGGGCGCUGCUCAUGGGCCUCAAUAUAUAUAUCUAUAUAUGGUUUGGGUCCAGUUCUAUUGAAUUCUGCUUAAGGGCCCAGCCGUUGAAGUGUAUAUUCACGCUGUAGCUCUAAAAGGACUUGAUGUUUCUAUGGGUAAAACCCGAUGGGUGUUGCGGUAUGGUAUGGGUGUUUGAGGAGUAUAAACAGCAAUAUACAUAUAUUUAUUGGGUGUUGA